CACCCGCUUGCCCGCAGUGAACACGUUUCAUCUGACCACGGACUAGAUGGGCGCCAUUAUUAAAUCCUUCACUGCGCCACUGUGAAAUCCCUCCAGGGUACGAGCGAAUCCCAUCAUCCUUCAUGGCAAAGAAACCUAUACCAGAAGGAUGGGAUUCUAACCUCCGUCCUAUCCUCAUAUUUAUAUCGUAUUUUUGCCUUUGUCUCUCAUUGACUGUGUUCAUUAUCGGCAAACUCGCCACGAGUUACUAUGUUCUUGCAAAGUCAAAGACCGCAUCAAUACCUCCAAGAAAACAUGUUUUACUCUUCAUAUUCCUAGCAAUCUCAAGCUUGGCAACGACCUGGUACCAUAUGGUUCGUUACUUCCAGUGGUCGUACAACAUGUGGGUAAUGUGGCGUUCCUUUUACGAACUUACUCCAGAUGAGAAGCACUGGGGCUUGUGGUUGCGGCAUACCUCAUUGUUCAAAGAAGCAUGGGAGAUAGCAAUAAUAGGGCAUGCGAGGUAUUGGUGGACGCAUCAGAUUUUUUUGUUUGCUUGUGGUUUAGGGCUAGCUUUAGAGCAAAAGGGUAUACGUCGCGGGAUCAAGCACACUUGGGCUUUCAUGCUACUUGGUCAAAUCGUUGCAAUCAGCUUCGCAACGAACCUGUUCCUCCUCUCGCUGCUCGUAAGCCCUCCACCAAUUCCCAACCGGACACGGACGGCCGGAUUGAAGGGGGGCGGGUGGUUGCCUCCGUGGCUCAUCAGUGCCCUAGCCGUACUGUUAACCGUUUGGCCGGCUUAUAAGCUUGGAUCAGAAGACCUUUGGCACUCCGAAGAAUUUAUGCUCCCACUCCUAAUCCCACACAUCGCGCUGAUGGUCCUCCCCAUUGCCCGUGCAAUAGUACCACCGAGAUACUUUACCGAUGGCGAUAUCACAUUCUCCGAUAGAGUGUACCGGUACCUGUGGAUCACAACAAUGGGAUGCGGUGUUAUGUUGUGGCUGCGGGAGACUGUGCGAGCUCACAGAUAUAGCGGAUUUAUCGGCAUCUACUCUGCCAUAAUGGAGCACCCUGCAGUGACAAGUGUAGGUUGGGAUGUGAUAUGUUGCUGGAUCAGCUGGGUUGCGUGGUGGACAAUACAACAGCAAACCCCGGAUGACAGUGUUGGCUCUAAGGAUGGUUCUGCGGAAGGAAAAGAGAGUGAACUGGAAAGUGUAAGACUGGGCUCCAGUGUAUCCGGAAACGCUCUAGGAGGUGAGGUCCGCCGGCGUUAGAAUCGAGCUUGAGGGCACAUCCCUUUUACACAACGUCGUUAAGGUCGAGAAGGUCGGUGAAGAUUCAUUAAUCAUGCAAGAUCGAUCAUAUCAUGGGGCGUCGAAGAGAUAUAAAAUAAGUCCUAAAUCACUCAAGCCAAUUGUUUGUC